UUACAUUAUUUUUUCGAAACUGGAUUUUUGAAAAGUUAAAUAUAUUUUCCCUUUCCAAAUAUAUUUCAUUCAUCACAAAACGUCUAUCGAAACCAGGGUGCAGUUCAAUAAAACACAGUAUAAUAUUUGUUAAGAUACAUUGAUGGACACAUAUACAAAAGAGGCCUACCUCUCUGACUGCAUAAAAAAGAAGAUAAUAUUUAGUUUUAAUAGAAUAAGUAUAUCUAAUAAUUUCAUUUAUACAAGUAACACAGGUUUAAGGGUUUUGUGUUUUUUGUUUGAACGAUACAAUCAUCACAGCGGGAGGUUAGCGAAAAUAUUAAAUUAAUAUGAAAUAGAGCAUCUAAUUAUAUUGUAAUUACGGUGGCAUAGAAGUACAGUGGCAAAGAGAUGACAUACGCAAUACUUGUUUUAUUGUGUUCCACAACUUAUUCAAUUGUUUGGAUAUUAUAAGCCUUCCAUCGACUAGGAUAUUUUUUUCACAAAAUACGGCGUUAGUUAGAUAACUAUUCGUACAAGGCUACGGAAUUCACCGAGCAUUAACGAUCAUUGGACAUAUUCAUCACGUAAUGAUUAUGUUAUCAGCCAAGGUACUUGACAUUUGUUACCCAGGGAUUGUGUUUAAAUAAUCAUGCUAAUUUUCAUGAUUUUUUUCUAAAUAUAUUAAAAAAUAAAAUAUUGUCAGGGAAACGAAGAAAGUAAUUUACACAUUGCAAACGGCACUUAACAUCAAGAGCAAAUAUGGUGUAGAUUAUUCUAUAAUAUUAUAUGAGUCAUAUUCAUCUUUGACUUGGAUUUCAUUAUUUCAGAAUUAUAAUUCUGUCAAACUAUAUCACAUUUUUGAAGAUUGGCGUCGGUUCUUUAAGGAGCUCCACUAAGCCCUAAAUAUAUUGUUUGAAAUUCUUACGUAGUAACACUUAAAAUAGAAAAUCUGCAAAGAAUAAGAAUUUAUAGAAAUAUACUCAGAAAAAAAUUGAAUGUCGAGUUUUUUGGUGCGAUUCUUAGCCAGAUUUGAGCGAAAAGCGUUGGAACCAUUUUCAUUUUUGGCUUAUUGUGCACAAUGAAAAAAAAGAUCAUUCCGGAAAAAAAGGAGUUGCAUUCUAACAGCUUUGAAAGGUUCAAGUUAACAGUACAUACAACAUACCUUUAUCUUGAUGACAACGGUGUAAUCAGUGAAUGGGACUGACAGGAAGUAAGCUACUAUUGGACCAUAUAUUACAUACAAAUGCAAUUUAGCAGAUAACAACAGACAUGAUAAACUUAUCAAGUAUUUAACAGAAUACCGUGUAUUAAGAUGAACUGACUGAUCUAGGUGUGUCGUCUGCUUGUCGUCUGCUAGAUGAACAUUACAAUGAAAUUUUACUCGAAUAUCAGAAUUGUGGACUUUUCAAGUGUAUGAAAUAAAUGGAAAAUUUUAUAUCCAUGACAACACGCUGCCGUACAACGCAUCAAAUAAUCAUAUUAUUUGUUUUAUUACAAGCUAACUCUUUCGUUGCUGUGCCAAUGUGGAUUUGGGCCGAAGGAUGUGUCAAAGGUGGUUUUACAUCAAGUAAUGCUAAAAAUCUGACAAAUAAUUUGCCAGCAACUUGCUUCAGAGCCUGUGGCGGAGAUUCUACACACGUUGCUUUACAGGGAAAUUUCUGUUAUUGCAACAAUAGUAAAGGUUCGCAUGUCCAAUCCGAUUUUUGUAGACCAUGUGAGAAAAACGGAAUGCUGGAUUGUGGAAACUCUUCUAAGGGAUAUUGGUCAGUGUAUAGGAAAGCUAGCCAACAAGAACUUGCAAAUCAUAAAAUACCUUUAAACACGACUGGAUGUGUUAUUUAUAGCAAGCGAUCAUUUCGAGUUGAUAACUGCAGCACGAACAACUUACAUAGUCUAUGUUUAUCAACUUUUAGCAAAAAUCAACACUGCACUAACCAUGUACAGAGAUGGUCACUCCAUGCCUGUGAAAACAAAUUCGAUAGAUUAGUCAGCACAUUUGAUGUUACAACAAACGGGUGUUCACAAUUAGAAAUGUGGAUUGGAUUGUUCGCUUUAGAGGAGCAAUCGUCCAAGGAUUCAUCAAUAGCAGUGACAGAGAUAACAACAGCAUCAGUCAGUGUUCCUAAAUCAUCUGGUGUGCCGAUCUCAAGUCCCGUGAUCUUGUCAUCACCGGCACGGCUAGAAACAGGUAUGAACGAUGUAUCAACACCAUUUGCCAUUCCUUCCAGCACCAUCACGAUAUCUCCCACACGCUCGUCUUCAAACGUUGCACUUACUUCAGUUAUAAACACAAUGCUAACAGAGAUUCGAGGUGUUUCUACAACACACUUUUACUCAAAGCACCCAGAAACUGUAGUUACUGAAAACAUUGAUGAAUAUUCUAGUAACUCAUUACAUAUAACACCGACGGAGAAUAGUCCCUCCAAAACAUUGACAAUAUCAUCGAGUCUUUCACAUAGUUCUUUAACAACGAGGAUAUCACACGUGCAAGGAGAUAAUUUGGCAAGUAUUAUGACUACACCAUUAUCAAAUAUACCUGUUAUAUCACAAUCUGUUACUUUAACUAAAUAUUGGCAGUCUUUAUCUUCUACAAUUUUGACUAAAUCUACUGUUAAAAAUGUAGACAAAACAACGCAGAAAGUGAAACCGGUCACUGACACAUCAGUCGGGAAAACGCAAACAGAGAAACCAAUCACGAAAACAAUACCGGUAGAGCAACCAGUCACAAAAGCAAGGCAGACAGAAAAAUCAGACACAAAAACAACACAGACAGAGAAACCAGUCACAAAAACAACGCAGAAAGUCAAACCAGUCGGGAACACAACGCAGGCAAAGACAUCAGUGGGGAAAACAACACAGGCAGAGAAACCAGUCACCAAAACACCGACAUAUUUGACAAAUGACGUUUCAAAACAAACCUCAGAGGUUUCGUCUAGAACAGGUUUGCUGAUAGUUAUUUCUGUGGUUGGUGCCAUAGCGUGUUUCGCUUUAAUCACCUUAGGAAUUAUGGUCGCAUAUAUGAACAGAUCGUUAAAGAAAGUUAGAAGGAAACUUAACAAGACAACUUUUACUGGUGACCAUACAUCAAAUCACGUAACUGAGAAUUUAUCACAGACUUCUUUAAAUGACGAUCUCUCGGGAUAUGACACUAGCAGCGGUUUCUGUCCACGUGGAAUCAGAGCUAAUUUAGAUACAUACCAUGAUACACGGACUAUUUUUUAUAACGGAAGAACACGGAGAGAAAAUGAUUAUGUUCUAUAUUAGUCCAAAACUUUAGGAUAAAUCUUGUCCAGUAUGAGCGGAGGAGAUUCUCAGCAUUAUGUUGUCUUGCUAUAUAAACAUUAUUUGUUUAAUAAUGUACCGUAUUGUGCUGGUAGUGCCUUAUCUUACCUUAUAUUAUGGUGUCUUAUAUCUUACAUGUUAAAGUGCCUAUUCUUACCUAUAUAUAAGUCAAUACUUAUAUAUUUUGUUCAGAUUCUUUGACAUUGAACCGUUUAUUGUUGUACCUCUUUAAUGUUUUCAGUCUCGGAAUAAGUCGAUGCAUAUUUGACAGUUAUUGCACUUGUGCUAUUUUUCAAAGCAUUGAAAAGGAAAAAAAAUAUCACAAUGUGUCUACCAAGUUACUUACAGUUAGGGGUCAUUUUGCGUAUUUUGACAUAUUUAAGGUUACUAAAGUACCAUUAAUUUUGUUCACUUGAACACCAUUUUAAUUUUUGUAAAAACAUAAUUUUUAUUACAUUAAGUCGUAGCGCUUCAGAGGGUUACAUUUUAAUCUGGAAAUGUAAUUGUUAAGGUGAUCUCUCAGUAGACCUAUGUUUAGUCAGUCUUAUUUGAUACGUCUCCUUUUUUAUAUAUUUCUGUUGGACUUUCAAAUUAUAUCAUGUCGUAUACAAUUUAAUGAAAUAAAACAUGUUUAAAUAGACA